AUGUCUGCUAUCACAAUUCUCGAACCAAGUGACACCGAAGUUGGCCAUAAGACUUUGAAUGGGAAGUCACCGACCUUGAUAGAAUUGGAUACUUCCCAGGAGGAUUGGGUAUAUCCUUAUCCUACUGAUUUCAAGAUACACGAGCAUCCUCUUGAUGAGAUUCGCGAGCUCAAGGUACAAGCAUCAGACAUAAAUUGCGAUGGUCAACUGACCAUUGUAUAG